AUGGCGACGGCGCUCCAGAAACAGCUCGCGACCAUCGCGGCUUCGAGCACCCAUCAGCUGGACCUGCGCGCGCAGAAGUCGGCGCAUGGAAAAUCGCUCCUCUUCGAUUCCAAAGUCGCCGCGUCGCAAUCCUUCGAGACCGUUUACCUCAUCUGCUACAAUGGCUACAAGGACCUCUGCGCAUUGGACUCGCGGUUCCUGCGCUUCUCCAAGAAUCUCUUCAGCGAGCAGAGCAAGGCCGAGGACCGCACCCAGAUGACCAAGGAGGAGAACGCCAAGCUGAACACCGUGCUCGAGGCGUUCAUCACGCUGGUCGGACCAAGACUGCUGUUGAAGCCGGCGGAGAAGGCUCUCGAGUGGCUGGUGCGAAGAUUCCGCAUCCACGAGUACAACACCGAAACUCUCGUCUUUACUUACCUGCCCUACCACAACACCCCACAGUUCCUUGCGCUGCUCUCCAUCCUACCCCCACAGCCACCGCACGCCAUCCGAUUCCUCUUCCCGUACAUCCAGGCCCCGACCAACGUACCGCAGCGAACCAUCGCCUACACCGCCAUCAACACCCCACAAUUCUUCAAGGCAUACCAAUCAUACGUCGCUAAGGUGGUAGAGGCGGGGCACCAGGCCUCGCAUAUGCUGUCCUUCUGGUCGGGAAUCACGGUCGAGGCUAUCUACGGCAUUAUAAGCAACGCAAGCACUGGAAGGAAGGAUCUUCAGGCCCAAGGAACCGAAAAGCUAGUCCUGGAACUGCUCCCGGUUCUCAAUACUUGCAUGCGAGCCAAGCACGGCGCUGACACGGUUCUGGCUUGCUACGCCAUUGUCAUCAUGAUGGUGAGCCAGGCAAAAGUCGGCGACAAGGUUCUGGAUGGGCUGAUGGAGGCUGUCAUCGUAGCAUACGACGAAGCUUCCCUUCAAUCAUGCCUCGGCUGUCUGGCCAUCAUCGCCAUGGAGCGCUCAAAAGCGCAGGUUCCCGCCAAAGUAUCGAGGAGAUUACUCAAGGUUCCCCAUCUUGUGCAGAAGUUGACGACAGUGUCAAAACAAUGCCAGGUUCAACGACUUGUUCUAGGCUGUGCCCUUGGCGCACUCAGCGAUACUUCCGACGAGAACUGCAGGGUUUUCCAUGAGCUAAUCGCCUCAGGCCUCCUCGGCACAUCGCACAUUCAGAUGGUGCUAUCGGCAUUGGUCCAACUCCUCCGCGACAGUCCACCGGGCUCCGAAGAGCACGGAGAACUGCUACAAGUCGCUACUAAGAUGGCUGAAUCAAAAGACCUACAAGCAACGUUACAAGAAGCGGCGAAGCAGCACAAUGUCAAUCUGGAGUCUCUGGGACUUACCGUUGGCCAAACCUUCGAAAUCGAAGAUAUCCCGGGCGAGGACUCUGACGAGGAGAUGCUUGAUGCAGAUGAGGACACAGCCGAGAAGCCUGCCAUACAACUCCCAGAGCUUACUGUAAAAAGCUUCCUCGACGCCGAAUCAGCGACCGAGUUUUCAGAAGCGGCCAACGUUUUCGAGCAGGCUGUGACGACUAAGCAAACACGGCGAUUCCUCGCCUCGGACGCAUUGCACCAAGAAUCCGCUCUCAAGCAGCCACUCUACCUUUCAUUUCUCGCUCGCGUCUGGAGUAGCUCCCGGUCUGUCGCCAUUCGCGUUUCCGCCCUCCGUGCAGCCGCAUCAUCGUUCGAAAAGCUUGAGGCUGCACAUGUCUUGCAGAACAUCCUGCCAUACCUCGUACACGCACUUGCAGAUGCAUCGCCAAUUAUCCGACGUUCAGCGGCUGCAUGCGUUGGGUCUCUGGCACGAAAGGCUUCCGCCAAGUCGAAAACAUCAACUUGGGGCAAGUUCGAUCUGUAUGGGAAAGAGUCGAAGAAUCUCGCAGAACUCAAGCCUGAAGAUGUCCUCGUGUUUGUUUCCUCGAUGCUACAGCCGAUCCUCGAAGAAUGCGUCAUGGACUCAAAGUUCGCCAUUCCCGCUCUUCGAGAUGUCCUGGAAGGGACACAACUGAAAAAUCAUCCGAAGAAUACGUUCAAGAUGCAGACAAGGACUUCAAUCCUUGCGUUUUUCGCCAGCCACGCGAGGUUCACACCGGUAUUGAGCGUCCGCCUCGGCCUAUUGCCGAUGCUAAACAUCCGCGGAAAGGUCUCCGACUCCGUUCGUACCAACUCCGUGAUCCCCUUGUUGACCGAAUGGGCAACCUUACCGACAGCUUCCGUCAACACCAUCUGCGACAGCGAAGGGCUCUCGCUCGAUGAAGUGGAGCGGGCUCACAUUUCCGCGACAAUGCCCAGGGAGGCGAUGAGCGCGAAACUGCUCGAGGACAUCAUCUCUGGGACUUUCAACACGGAGCGUGAAGCUUUAGUGAUGGCCGCCUUUGAUCGCAUUCAAACCUCAUGGUCUUCCUUCAGAUCUGAAGCUCGUCACGCGUUGGCUCAGUGCAUGCUCAGCCUAUCAACCAGUGAAAGUGACAAAUCUUUCGAUAAGCUUCGUAGAGAACGAUCCGUUGAGAUUCUGCGCAACGUUGACCUUGAUUCUGCCAUCCUGGUCACCUUCUUGGAAAGCAUUCCAUCUCCCACCUCCAUGCCCGAAGGACCGCCUUCAGCGAAAAGGCGAAGGACAAGCAAGAGUGAGAUGGCUCGAGUCGAGCUUUCAUCCCAAGACGAUGUUCAGCGACUACUCCGAAAGCUCACGUUGGUACUUGAGCUGGUUGAAGGGUCAAACCCUGGACAGCACCCAACACUGUUCAAGAAUCUUUUCGGCAUCUUUGCAGAACUACAGCCACUCAAGCAACAGUCUGGGUCUGAACUAGUGUAUCUUCAGAGUAUUAUUCUGGGAUCACUAAGCCCGAUCGUAAACACAUUGAAGGAGCAAGCCGACACCGCCGACUACCAAUCGGCAGUACGAGCGGACCUACUCAUCGACUGCAUUCGACACUCCAGCAGCCCACAGGUUCAAAACAGCGCGCUGCUUCUCAUUUCCAAUCUUGCCUCAUGGGUUCCUGAUCUCAUUCUUCACAAUCUCAUGCCUAUCUUCACCUUCAUCGGAUCUACUCUGCUUCGCCAGCAUGACGACUAUUCCGCUCAGGUCGUUGAUAAGACUAUAUCUCGGGUCGUGCCUCAAUUGGCUGCCUCUCUCCGCUCAAAACAUAGAGACUUCAUCGCUGGCGUGUCCGACUUACUGCUCAGUUUCACUGCCGCCUUUGAACACAUUCCCCUGCACAGAAGGAUGAAGCUAUUCACAGAGCUUGCUCGUACGCUAGGCCCCGAGGAUUCGCUCCCGGCUAUCGUCGCACUUCUUGCCGAUCGCUACCACAGCAAGGAGCAACGAAGGUUCUGUGCGGAUUUGUUACUUCACUUCGAACCUGUCCACACCCUCGUCACCUUCAAGGGAUAUGUCGAUCUCCUCACUGAUGCCGUGGGACCGAAACCCCAGGUCGCGGAAACACUUUUCAGCCUCAAGGAAAAGACAAAAGACAACAAAUUCGACCUGUCAAUUCAGAGUAUGCUGUCGUGUUUGACAGAUCUCGCGCUUGACGAUAAGGUGAAGGCACACGUUACUCGAGCGUACAGAAAGAAGGAUGAUCCUGAACGACCACGGAAGAUCUUUGCAAACAUCGUCGAGACUACUAUUCAACUGUCAAAGAAGCUUGCAACAAACCCCAAGACCUACGCCGGAUGUAGUCGUGUUCUCGCCAGCUGCCUAGACCUCCUGCCAACGACCGACCUCAUCAAAUCAGCACAGCUACUUCUUGCGAGCACAGACUCUCACGUCCAGGUAGCUGCCGUCAAGUCGGUCGAGCUGCGCGCGGGCACCGCCAAGCAGAAUGACCGCAAAUCUGUAGAGGCACUGAUCUCUUUCUUGCCUAGCGUUCAGGAUCUACUGGAACAAUCACCUGACAUGGAUGCCAAGAUGGUCUCUGUCAGCUGCAUCGAUCGCAUCGUCGACCGCUUCGGGAAGAAGGAUGUAUCUGCUGUUGUAUCAGUAGCUCAAGUUGUGUCUGGUCCCCAAUCGCUUUCCAGCAGCGAUGAUCGCCUUCGCAUCCUCUCCCUCCUCUGCCUUACAUCUGUCGUUGACGUUCUCGAGGAUGAGGCCAUCUCGCUCCUCCCUAUCGUUUUACCAACAGCAUUCCAAUAUCUAUCGGAUGCGAUCGAAGAGGAAAAGACUGGUCUUCACAACGCUGUGUUCACCGUGCUUUCGAACAUUGUCGAGCGACUGGGCUACAUGUUCUCGCGCGACUACUUGGACACCGCUCUUCGACUAUGCCAACGCUCUGCCGCUGCCGAUUUGGAACAGUCCUGCGACGAAAGCCGCAGCAGUUUCUUCCAGAGUGUAUCUGAGCAUCUCGGUGCUCAGGAAGUGUUCGCUGCUAUCAAGUCAACGUGGCCACAUGCCGCCUCUCAAGGCUUCGACGCGUCACUUGAGCAGCUUGAGCUUUUGCGCGCAACUGUCAACAACCAGACCAAGGCUAAGCUUGUCAAAGCCAGUCCGCCGCUCUUCACUCUGCUUCUGCAAACUUUCCGACUACGUGAGACGGUCCAAUCUACUACCGUCGAAGUUGAUGAGGAGGAGCUGGAACAGCUGGAGCUCACGCUUAUUGACUCCGUCAUCUCCAUGGUACUGAAGCUCAGCGAUGCUACGUUCCGACCGUUCUUCGUUCAGCUUGUGGACCAAGAGGGCCCACUGUCGAGCAAGCCUCAACAGGCCGUCACCUUCUACAAGUUCCUCGGCGCCUUCUUCGACAAGUUCAAGUCUCUCGUAACGAGCUACGCGAGCUACAUAAUCGAGCACGCCGCCAAGCUGCUGACUGAACUUGCUAAAGAAGACUCUGAUGUUACCACACGCAGGGCUGUGCUUGACGCUCUCCAGAAGACAUUCCAGCACGAUCAAGACGGCUUCUGGCAAGCGCCAUCUCACUUUGGCACCAUUAUGCCACCCCUGCUGUCCUUACUCAGCCUACCAUCUGCAUCGACAUCUACACCAGAGGACAACACCAACAACGUCAUUCCUACCAUCACCGAACUUGCUGUUGCAUCUGCAUCAUCCAUGGAGAACCAUCGCGAGAUGAACAGCAUAUUGUUGAAGAACAUGAGGAGCGACGACAGGAACACUAGGCUGGCGACAGUGCUGUGUGAGCAGAGCUUGACGAGGAGAUUAGGAGAAGAGUGGCUGGGUCUGCUUCCUGAGAUGCUACCAUUCAUCAGUGAGCUCAUGGAAGAUGACGAUGAGAUGGUCGAAAGGGAGUGCCAGAGGUGGAAGAAUGGUAUGGAAGAGAUUUUGGGAGAGAGUUUGGAAGGUAUGCUACAGUAG